UUCCAUAACUUGUGCUGGUAUAGCUGGACCGCUUUCCCUUCUUUUUCCUUCCAAAACAGUUGCCUGAAAAUCGUUUUUUCCUCCCCCUGUUAGGAUGGCAAGCUUCAAUGAAAAGUGGGAGUCUGUCUUAUAUUCUACCAUGCAAUCGUCUGCCUGUGCAGUUGAUGAGUCAAGUGAGAGUUUAUACCUCCAAUGGCCAGAAAAAAGAUCUUGGAUCAGAAGAUACAAAUAGAUCAACCCCUGAAGAAACCAUGCAUAAAGUUGGAACAGGACAAGAUACGACCAGUACAGGUCAAAAGCAGUCUUUCCUUAAAGAGCCAAUCCAAGUAAAAGUGAAAGCAGUCCUUAAAAAAAGAGAGUAUGGACCAAAAUACACGCAGAACAACUUCAUCACUGGAGUCAGAGCAAUAAAUGAGUUUUGUCUUAAAUCCAGUGAUUUAGACCAGCUGAGGAAAAUUAAACGACGAAGCCCCCAUGAUGAUACUGAGACUUUCACUGUGUACCUGAGGUCGGAUGUAGAGGCAAAGUCUCUUGAAGUUUGGGGUAGUCCAGAGGCUCUUGCUAGAGAAAGAAAACGACGUAAAGAGGCAGAGAUCAAGUACAGAGAAAAUCUAUUUAGAAACCAAAGGCUGUUGAGGGAAUACAAGGAGUUCUUUGGAAAUACUAAGCCACGUUCCAGUGCAGCAUCUAUGUUUUUCAAGGGACCAGGGAAGGUGGUAAUGGUAGCUAUUUGCAUAAAUGGGUUGAAUUUUUUCUUUAAGCUACUUGCUUGGGUUUACACGGGUUCUGCAAGUAUGUUCUCAGAAGCCAUACAUUCUUUAGCAGACACAUGUAACCAGGCAUUGCUAGCUUUGGGCAUCAGUCAGUCUGCAAGGACACCUGACCCUAGUCAUCCGUAUGGUUUCACAAAUAUGCGCUAUAUUGCCUCCCUGAUUAGUGGGGUGGGCAUUUUCAUGAUGGGUGCAGGACUUUCUUGGUAUCAUGGGAUCAUAGGCUUACUCCACCCUCAUCCUAUAGAAUCUCUUCUCUGGGCAUACUGCAUUUUAGCAGGGUCAUUGGUAUCUGAAGGAGCUACCCUUCUUGUUGCUAUAAAUGAAAUUCGCAGGAGUGCUCGAGCCAAGGGUCUGUCAUUUUAUCAAUAUGUCGUGCAGAGUCGUGAUCCUAGUACGAAUGUGGUGUUACUGGAGGAUGCUGCAGCAGUUCUGAGUGUGGCCGUAGCUGCUACCUGUAUGGGUCUGACUUCUUUAACAGGAAAUCCUUAUUAUGACAGUGUGGGGUCUCUAGGUGUUGGAACUUUGUUAGGAACUGUGUCAGCAUUUCUAAUCUACACUAACACUGAAGCCCUGCUGGGACGAUCCAUUCAACCUGAACAACUGCAGCGACUCACCGAGUUACUGGAAAGUGAUCCUGUAGUAAGAGCAAUUCAUGAUGUUAAAGCCACAGACAUGGGAAUGAGCAAAGUGAGAUUCAAGGCAGAAGUAGACUUCGAUGGACGGGUUGUUACUCGUUCUUACCUGGAAAAACAAGACAUUGAACAGCUGCUACAAGAAAUUCAACAAGUGAAAACCCUUGAAGAAUUAGAAGCCUUCAUGCUUAAGCAUGGUGAGAAUAUCAUUGACACACUGGGAGCUGAAGUAGACAGACUUGAGAAGGACCUAAAGCAACGAAAUCCUGAUGUUCGUCAUGUGGAUUUGGAGAUACUAUAGACUUGGCAGAAGAAAUCUUCAGGUUGCUACCAUUUUGGAAGGAAGUCAUGCAAAGGGCUGAAAAGCUUCUGAAAUUGCAGUGACCUCAGCUCCAUACCUCGCUUACUUUUGCUGUAGGCUUCCUGGACUGUUAGCACGGCUGCUGUUUCUGGAAGAGCACUAAACUCGCAGACAAAAAUUUCCAUAGCAGAAUCAAUUUUGAAAAGCUACUUGACUUAAAUUCCACAGGAGAGUCUGUCAGAGUAUAUUUACUGCAAUUCAGAACUUAAGACUUGAGGUUUAGUGAAGCAAAUAUAGCUGCCUGAAAACAUAGAACACAGUUUUUCCAUUUGUGUCCCUUUGCAGUCAGUUUGCACUUCUUUAGUUUCUUUCAAGAUAUCAUUAAAGGUUCUUGGGAGAUAAUAAGAUUAGCUAGGAAGAGUUUGUUCCAGUGGAACCUGCCAACCUUAAACUAAUUAUAAUAUUUCAACUGUGUGAUUGUUGCACAGUUUUUCUUUUCUAUG